AACACCAGGCCUGGAGGGAGAGGAGGAAGGGAGGGGUCUCUUUCUAGACCUGGGGAAUCUGGGACCAAGAAUUCACAUUUAAAGGAGUGCUUACCCUGAGGGGGACUCACGGGCCUGAAGGUGGGUGAUCUGUGUCCAGCUGGGACUGCCAGCUUCUCUCCCCGACCAGCCCUGCCUUCCCCCUCUGGACCUAAUGCUGUCCCUGCUGGCUCCCUGGGGCUGACUCAGUGCUGCCAGCCUGUACCUCCUACAGUGGCCUCCCUGGGGGCGGGCAUCUCACGCUUGGCUGGACUGGCUGGUUCCGGGCCUGCCGGGUGCUGCAGGCACUGGGGAUGUCUGUGCGUGUGGGCACGUGCAUGUGUGUCUGUGUGUGCACCCGCCCAGCUGGGCCUGCUUGUGAGUUGCAGGGGGUGGGGGAUGUUGCGGGGCUAGUGUGAGUGCCUGUGACCACGUGUGUAUGUCCUCGUGGCUGUGCAGGGCACAGGCUCACGUGUGUGUACCAGUGUUGUGUGCACGUACAUGCACGUGCACAUGGCUGCCCUGCACACGCAUGUGAACACCAAUGCCAGCCGAUUUGGUCACACAGGCGCCGGUGUGGACACAUGUGAAGGUGUGAGGAUGUUUGGGGUGUCAGUGAGUCUCGCAGGGGGAUAUCAGGCUGGGCCCCGCUUGGCUCCCACCCCCGCAGGCCGAGGGACAGCUCUCAGCCCCUGGAGGCCUGAUGGGGGUGGGUGGGCUGGUGGGUGGCUGAGGCCUUGGUUCCUAUGGAGACGGCAAGAUUCAGGAUGCUCCUAUUCUGGUCCAGAUGGGCUCAGAGCUGGGGGUGGGGAGCCUGCCUGGGGGAGGGGUCAGCUGCAGCUCCCCCCCUCCACUGACUCCCCUCCACUGUCCUCCCUGUGCUCACGCUGGCCCCUUGAUACAUUCCCUGACACCACUCCAACCCCACAGAUUGAUUUUCUGUGUGACCCCAGGCUGCUGUCUCUCCCUCUCUGGGCUGUAAGAAGCCUUUCAGCUCAGGAGCUGGGGAAUGUUCAGAAGACCUUUGGCUGGGAAAAGGACAGCUACUGUCUGGAGGAGCCUGGGCCCCUUCUGGGGGGAGGAGUACACGGUGCACCUGCCUCUGGAUUUCCACCAGCUGGCCUUCUACGUGCUGGAUGAGGACACCGUUGGGCACGACGACAUCAUCGGCAAGAUCUCUCUGAGCAGGGAGGCAAUUACAGCCGACCCCCGAGGGAUUGACAGCUGGAUUAACCUGAGCCGUGUGGACCCAGAUGCAGAAGUGCAGGGUGAGAUCUGCCUGUCAGUGCAGAUGCUGGAGGAUCGGCGGGGCCGCUGCCUUCGCUGCCAUGUGCUUCAGGCCAGGGACCUGGCUCCCAGAGACAUCUCUGGCACAUCUGACCCAUUUGCACGUGUGUUUUGGGGCAGCCAGAGCUUGGAGACCUCAACCAUCAAGAAGACUCGCUUCCCACACUGGGAUGAAGUGCUGGAGCUGCGGGAGAUGCCAGGUGCCCCGUCCCCACUGCGGGUGGAGCUCUGGGACUGGGACAUGGUGGGCAAGAACGACUUCUUGGGCAUGGUGGAGUUCUCUCCGAAGACCCUCCAGCAGAAGCCACCUAAUGGCUGGUUCCGCCUCCUGCCCUUUCCCAGAGCUGAGGAGGAUUCUGGGGGGAACCUGGGUGCCCUGCGAGUGAAGGUACGCCUGAUUGAGGACCGCAUCCUGCCCUCCCAGUGCUACCAGCCUCUCAUGGAGCUGCUCAUGGAGUCUGUGCAGGGGCCAGCAGAGGAGGACACUGCUAGCCCCUUGGCUUUGCUGGAAGAGCUGACCUUGGGGGACUGCCGCCAGGACCUUGCCACCAAGCUGGUGAAACUCUUUCUUGGCCGGGGACUGGCUGGGCGCUUUCUGGACUAUCUCACCCGGCGUGAGGUGGCUCGGACCAUGGACCCCAACACCCUCUUCCGUUCUAACUCCCUGGCAUCCAAGUCGAUGGAACAGUUUAUGAAGCUCGUGGGCAUGCCCUACCUGCACGAGGUCCUGAAGCCUGUGAUUAGCCGCGUCUUUGAGGAGAAGAAGUACAUGGAGCUGGAUCCCUGCAAGAUGGACCUGGGCCGCACCCGGAGGAUCUCCUUCAAAGGCGCGCUCUCAGAGGAGCAGAUGCGGGAGACCAGCCUGGGGCUGCUGACGGGCUACCUGGGGCCCAUCGUGGACGCCAUCGUGGGCUCCGUGGGGCGCUGCCCGCCCGCUAUGCGCCUCGCCUUCAAGCAGCUGCACCGGCGCGUGGAGGAGCGCUUCCCCCAGGCAGAGCACCAGGAUGUGAAGUACCUGGCCAUCAGCGGAUUUCUCUUCUUGCGAUUCUUUGCGCCUGCCAUCCUUACCCCAAAGCUGUUUGACCUUCGGGACCAACACGCGGACCCCCAGACUAGCCGCUCACUGCUGUUGCUUGCCAAGGCUGUGCAGAGCAUCGGAAACCUGGGCCAGCAGCUGGGCCAAGGCAAGGAACUGUGGAUGGCCCCCCUGCACCCCUUCCUGCUGCAGAGCGUCUCUCGUGUGAGAGACUUCCUGGACCGGCUGGUGGAUGUGGAUGGGGAUGAAGAAGCUGGUGUCCCAGCCAGGGCCCUGUUCCCACCCUCGGCCAUCGUUCGAGAAGGCUAUCUGCUGAAGCGCAAGGAGGAGCCUGCCGGCCUGGCCACGCGCUUUGCCUUCAAGAAGCGCUACGUCUGGCUCAGCGGGGAGACCCUCUCCUUCUCCAAGAGUCCUGAGUGGCAGAUGCGCCACUCCAUCCCCGUGUCGCACAUCCGCGCCGUGGAGCGCGUAGACGAGGGCGCCUUCCAACUGCCCCACGUGAUGCAGGUGGUGACGCAGGACGGCACGGGGGCGCUGCACACCACCUACCUCCAGUGCAAGAAUGUGAAUGAGCUCAACCAGUGGCUCUCGGCCUUGCGCAAGGCCAGCGCCCCCAACCCGGACAAGCUGGCCGCCUGCCACCCCGGUGCCUUCCGCAGCGCGCGCUGGACCUGCUGCCUCCAGGCUGAGCGCUCAGCCGCCGGCUGCAGCCGUACACACUCGGCUGUCACCCUGGGGGACUGGAGUGACCCACUGGAUCCUGAUGCUGAGGCCCAGACGGUGUAUCGGCAGCUGCUCCUGGGGCGGGACCAGCUCAGGCUGAAAUUACUGGAGGAUUCUAACAUGGAUACAACUCUGGAGGCAGACACAGGGGCUUGUCCUGAGGUCCUGGCCCGGCAAAGAGCAGCAGCUGCCCGCCUGCUGGAGGUGCUCGCAGACCUGGAUCGUGCCCACGAGGAGUUCCAGCAGCAAGAGCGAGGGAAGGCGGCCCUGGGCCCCCUUGGCCCCUAAGGAAAUGCCAGAGCUAGCCCGGAAGGAGGAACAAGGAGCCAGGGGGCCCUCUUCAGCGCAUCCUGCCUCAGGAGUCUCCUGUUUCCUUGUACCUCUUUGAUCCUGUGGUUUCGAGGCUCCCAGAGACGUGCCUAGUCCUAUAUGCCUUGAGUCCAGAACUCAGGGCAUGGAAGCCCUUUGGCAGGGGCCAGCCUUGCACUGAGUGAAUCUCGCUCUCUGGGUUGAUUCAGACUGGAGUGGAUAGGAUAAGGAACCUGACUUAUUUGACUGAGACUGGGGUCUCUGCUUCACCAAACUGGCCUCUAUCCAUACCAAAGAGGCCAGCCUGGCCCUGAGCUGCUGGAUACAGCUGGACCUGAAUUCCUGAUGCCCAUGUGAUGUUGUUGCCCCAGAUAGGCACUAAAUGGGCUCACCCCUUCCUGUUUUCAUGUCUGCUAAUCCCUAUAACCUCAUUGAUUCUUCUGUACCCUGCCCUUGGCCUACGACCCCAACCACAAGCUUCCGGAAUCAGGUACCCUCAGGAAGAACGAAGGCUGGGUGGGGGUCCAGUGUGCCACACUCAGACCCUUGGAGCCUGGGAGACCUUGGGCCAGGCUCUUUGUCUCUCUCUGGGUCUCAGAUUACCCUGUAUAAAAAGAGGAGGGAAAGUCUAGAUGUGUGGUUUUCAAACUGGAUUCCAACGAGGUAGUUCAAGAACCAGGGAGGAGUUUCUCUGACUGUGGGCCAAAGACCACCCGCUGGAAUGUCUGCUAGAAAUGCAGAUUUCUGAGGCCCAGCCAGCUACUGACUCAGAAUCUGAGGGUAUAUGAGGGCAAGAAUCAGGGUUAUUUAACAGAUUCCGUAGGUCAUUUGGAUGAGUAUCAGCUUUGAGGACCACAGGCCUGGGGAAUGGGCAGUUUUAUUUUAUUUUGUUUUUAGAGUUGGGGGUCUCACUCUGUUGCCCAGGCUGCAGUACAGUGGCAUGCUCAUAGGUCAAUGCAGCCUCAAACUUCUUGGCUUCAGUGAUCCUCCCACGUUAGCCUCCAGAGCAGCUGCGACUACAGGUGCAAGCCAUCACGCCGGGCUAAUUUUUAAAUUUUUGUAGCGAUGGGGGGGUCUCGCUAUGUUGCCCAGGCUGGUCUCAAGCUCCUGGCGUCAAAUGAGCCUCCUGCCUCGGCCUCCUUAGUUGCUGGGAUUACAGGCGUGAGUCACAGUGCCUGGCUUGCAAUUUUAUAUGCCAGAGUUUGGGUUGAGGUUUUGUCUGAGAAUGAACCACGGAGUACAAAUGUUUGGGAACAUGUGACUGGCAGAACUGGAAGGGCCUCCAAGGACUCAUUUCCGGUGUUGUGUCACUACGGGGUGGGACAGAAACCAAAGCCUACCUGGCAGGGGAUCAAGUGGACCAGGAAAGACACGGCGCUAUCCCGAGGGUGGCCAGCAGGGGUUGCCCGAAGCCGCAGCAUCCACCAGAACUACAGGGGCGUCCUGGCAUGUUGCAGAGGCUGAUUUAAGGCUGGGGUCCAUCCCUGUCUUUCCCUAGUUAGAACCUGACCCUCCUCCCCAAGGACAGGGUCCUGACAAGCUCUACGAUCCUGAUGAGCUGAUCACAGUGUCUCCCAGCUCCUCUGUAUUUCCCUUGAGGCUCCCAGCUCUCCGCCCGAGUUCCUUGUUUCUUGUCAUUGUGCCAGGGAGCAGAUGUGUGCAUUGCCUUGUGCUUUUGUGAAAGAGAAGGGUACUUUCACCUCUGCAUUCUUGGAGACUAGGACUAGGAGGGUCUGCCACUGCUUCACCGCCCCCAGCCCUUCCAGCCCGAGGCAAUGACCCUGAAGUUGCCAUUCUCUCGCAAGCCAUCACUCCCCAACGGGGCUGACUGCAGCCCCCAGGAACAGAGCCACCCACCCCUCUCUUGGCAGGAAAAGACCAGGCGAGGAGGAGA